CUUUAAUUGACGUCACAUGGUUUCUGAUUUUUGCUUAGAUCUAGAUCUAUGGUACUGCUCUUGAAGCCUCUUGUGUGUGCCCAUAAAUCUAGAUCUAGUAGAACUGAGAAUAUUUACAUAAAUCUAGAUCUAGUAGAACUGAUGAUAUUUACAUAAAUCUAGAUCUAGUAGAACUGAGGAUAUUUACAUUGAAUGAAAUAUGGAUUCUAUUACCACAAAUUUAAAGCAGACGACAGACAAAGCAGAAUUAAACAAAGGACUGUCGGGAAUCACACGAAUCAAAAUAGAUGACGUUCCUUUGAAACCAGUGAGCCUUUCCUUAUCCACUUCAGGAGUAGAGCUCUUCGUUAAGAUGGAUGAACAGUUUCUGUCCACUUCUGACAAAGUUGUCAAGCGUAAAAUAAAAAGUCUUCCAAUGACAAAAGGACGAAUGUUUGCAGCAGACAGUUUGAAGAAAGCUAAAAAGCUGAGAAAGAAUUCAGCAGACAAAAGAUCGACACUGAGUGAAAAAAGUGAAACGAAAAACACAAAGUUUCCUGGAGCCUCUGACCACCACCAGAGAACAGGUCAAUGCAAUACCACUGUAGUAAGAGAAAACAUGUACACUGAAGCGAAUAGAACAGAUGAAAGCCAUGGGGAGACAACAAAUAAGAGACACAAAGAUAGAACAAUAAGUACUACUAAUGGAAGAAAUGGUAGACAAGAAAUACUUUCGAAAGAUACUGUAAACAAAGAUUUAGAGAGAAAUGAAAAAUGCAAAGGUAUAACAUGUGAUAGUAUUGAUGAAAAACACAGCGGCUUGGCAUCUGAUAGACUUGACGAAAUGCAGCUGUAUUCAAAUGGUGAAAAAAAGGAGGAAAGCUAUUGUAGACAAUGUAGCAAACCGUGCGAGAAAAUUGAUCAACAUGAGAGAAUCUAUAGAGGACAAACAAUUACGCCAUACGAGAGAAUAAAAAGAACACAAAAUAACAAACCAUCUGAGGGAUUCGAAAGAAUACAAACCACCUUUCCGUACAAUGGAAUAGAAAGACUAUUGGUCAGCUUGCCGUAUGAGAGAAUCGAAAGAAAACAAAACAGCUUGUCACGUGAGAUAAGACAAACCAGUUUACCAUAUGAGGCAAUCGAGACAAGACAAACCAGUUUACCAUAUGAGGGAAUCGAGACAAGACAAACCAGUUUACCAUAUGAGGGAAUCAAGACAAGACAAACCAGUUUACCAUAUGAGGGAAUCGAGACAAGACAAACCAGUUUACCAUAUGAGGGAAUCGAGACAAGACAAACCAGUUUACCAUAUGAGGGAAUCGAGACAAGACAAACCAGUUUACCAUAUGAGGGAAUCAAGACAAGACAAACCAGUUUACCAUAUGAGGGAAUCGAGACAAGACAAACCUGUUUACCAUACGAACUAAUUCAUAGAAGAAAUAGCACCUUGCCAUAUGACGUCAUUGAUAUAAGAUCUCGCACCUUGCCAUAUGACAUCAUUGGUAGAAGAUCUCGCACCUUGCCAUAUGACAUCAUUGAUAGAAAACAAAAUGAUUUACAUUCUGAAACAAGAAGAUGGAAUGAAAACUCAGUUAUGUGGAGACUGGGGAACUCAGACAAUAAAAUGACUGACGGUAAACAGUUGCAUCCAGUUUUAGAGACUUGUGAAGAUGAGUACAGGACCACUGAGGAAUACAUUGGCCACAAUGAACAAUUAAGUCAAAAUGUGUAUGAAAAGGACGUAGACUACGAGACUCCAGACAGUGACAAAGUAGACCAUACAUUUCAAGCUCUUCACCGUAAACCCGUGACAGUUGUUACAGAUAGACACGUUGGAAGACGUGUAGUAGUUGGACGUAAUGGCCGACAAGCUAGUCAUGAAACUACAGCAUGUUCUACAGAAUGGACUCAAGAAGACCACACAGAGACUUAUAAUGAAAAAGGUGAUGACAGGCGAAAUGGUCGGAAACGUCGUCACCAAAAUAGUCGAAAGGAACAAUGUGAUCGUUUGUCUAACACAACUAAGAAUACAAACCACUGGUCACCUGAAUUAACUAAGUCGUAUUCCGAGGAGUCUUCCCCUUGUACGUGUCAGGUCAAGAGAUGUCGGAAUUGUUACAAUACUAUACAGGCCACCAAAGACGAGAAACUAAAAGAAAAUAGUGAAGAGGGCACCGAGGAAAGAAGAGAUGACUUAGAGGUGCGUCAAUCUGAAUCCAUUUUGGCCAAUAACUUUCAAUUUCAAAAUCCCAUUGACACUGUUGCUGCUAAUACAUUUGCAAAAUAUACUCAUCAGUUAAGAAAAGACUUGAAAGAAAAUUAUAAACAAAUUAGUUGUUUAGUGAAAUCAUUUAAUGAGAACCUUCAAGAACGAAAUAAAACAGAAAAAGACGUAGACAGCAAUACCAUUGUGAAUGAGUCCAUCAAGAAAGAUAAACAGUGCACUGUUAUGUAGUCCAUUCACCUAGUCACAUUGUUUUUAAACUUUUUGUUUACAUACAAAAUACCGUUUCGAUUUAAAUCUACUAUUAUUUUUACAAAUACUUAUACACACACACACACACACAUACAUACAUACAUAUAUAUAUAUAAUAUAUAUAUUAUAUGAUCUUGGUUGGUCUACAUUUUCUAUACUUUCAAUUAAAUAGUCUUAAUAAUA